AUGAAGCUCCUUUUCCUCGUCACCUUGUUCGCUCUGGCCCUGCAGUUGGUAGCCUCAGCCACGACUACAACGCAGUCAUCCGUCACGAAGUGCAAGAACCCGAGCAGAUCCACGACUGCUGGAGCGUCCAUUGGAGCGACCACCGCUACCACGAGAGCGGGCAUUGCCUCCAUUGGAGCGUCCGCCACCGCGCCCACCACGCUGCCGGUCCUCUCCUCGUCCGCCGCCGCCCCUGCGUCCACCUCCCCUUUCGCCGUCAUCACGUCCUCUCCUGCCCCUUCCGCGACCGCCCUCGUCGCGACCUCUUCCGCCUCCUCCACAGCCACCAUCAUGGCGACGGUGGGGCCGUCUGAUGUGGUCGAGGCCGAUGCAGAUGUGGUCGAGGCUGCCACGGUCGUGGUCUCGGUUGCCGUCUCCGUAGUGGAGGCUGCUUCCGUGCUGCUGGUGCUUCCGGAGCUGCUGGUGCUCGAUGUGGAGGAUGCCGCUGUGGCCAGGGGAACGAGAGCGGCCAGGAUGGCCAGGGAAAGCACAAAAAGGUAUCGCAUCGUGACUCUUGUUUCUGCUCAGGCUUCUGUUCAGUUAACACCGCCUGCCACCGGCUCGUCCUCCGGCACUCCUACCAGCACCUCGCCCGCCGGCACGCCUACCAGCACCUCGCCCGCCGGCACGCCUACCAGCACCUCACCCGCCGGCACGCCUACCAGCACCUCGCCCGCCGGCACGCCUACCAGCAGCUCGCCCUCCGGCACUCCUGCCAGCAGCUCGUCCUCCGACACUUCGCCAGCUACGACCACCACAACAACAGAAGCCACGACGACAACCACAACAGAAGAGGCGACUACCAAGAAGCACCAUCGCCGCAUCCAUCGCAGGCGUAUAGUGAUUAUCCGUAGAGAGAGACGCGGCGGGGAUAACAGGAGGAACAGGAGGAACAGGAGACUUAGGCGUGAAGGUGGAAGCGGUGGGGACGUGAGGCGUGUACGUGUUCAUGAGCGUCGCAGAGUGCGCUUGGGCCGAAGGUUCUCCCGGGUGUAA